AUGGGUAGUCCAAAACACUUCAAGGUUGCACAACAACUACUAAAUUCUGCCGCAAGCCCUUCACACAAGGGAAAUCAUACGACAAGGGCGCUAAACUUGGUUAUUGUCUCCCGCAAAUUCAUAAUGACCACGCGGAAGAGGAACGAGUUCCUGGACAUUGUCGCCAGUGACGACGAAGAGAACGACCGCGGGUAUGAUUCGGAAGCCGCCGAGGAGAGCAAGGGAAGAACCGUCAAGCGGAGAAGGACGCAAACACGCCGAGGAAAGCUAGGGAGUGAAUCGGAAGCCGAGGAUACCGAUGCCUCAGAGGGCGAGGGAAGCGACGCAGAAGCAGAAGAUCUUGUACGAUCGAAGACGAAACAGGGACGGAGCAAGAAGGACGAGGAUGAAUCAGAUGAUGCACAUGGCGAAGAAGAAGAAGAAGAUGAUGAUGAUGAUGAAGGCGAGGAGGAUGACGGCGCAACCAACGAACAUGGAGACCAAUACCUCGACGUAACGGCCGAAACAGAAAAAACAAAGGCAAAGACGAAGGGACCGCUGGACAAGCUCAAAUCCAAACCGGCCAAGAAGAAGAAAACGGGCGUGGUCUACCUCUCGUCGCUCCCUCCUUACCUCAAACCCUUUGCGCUCAAGUCGCUCCUCGAAACGCGCGGGUUUGGACCCAUCACAAAGGUGUUUUUGACGCCAGAGGUGCGCUCCGCCUCGGCACCUCGACGGAAAUCGAACAAGCGGAAGAUGUACACGGACGGAUGGGUGGAGUUUGAGUCUAAGAAGACGGCGAAGAUUUGCGCAGAGACGCUGAAUGCGACGACUGUCGGUGGACGCAAGGGCGGGUGGUACUACGAUGAUAUCUGGUCGAUGAAGUACCUUACGGGCUUCCGCUGGGAUGACUUGAUUGCUACAGUCUCUCGUGAAAGAUCAGAAGCCUCAGCGAAGCGACGGAUCGAGGAUACACGGGCCAGGAAAGAGGAGAAGGUGUUCUUGCAAGGUUAUGAGAAGGGGAAGAUGCUGGAUGGGAUUCAGAAGAAGAAUGAAGAGAAGCGAAAGCGCAAGAUGGAGCAGGCUGGGAAUGAGGCUGGAGAAAGAGAAAAGCAGCCAACUGUCAAACCGCGGAGACUGUUCAAGCAGAAUGAGGUCAAGCACGGACGGGAUAAGGUGUCCACUGAUGCAAGUGGUCUGGAAGAUGAUACGAGAAGGGUACUUGGGAAGAUAUUCUAA